AUGUCUUUGUUUGUCAAUAAGAAACGGCUCAUAAAGAUCGGAGCCGCGGUCAUAUUGUUGCUCACAGUGCAACUCUUCGUUUUCUCGGGCAGCAAAACAGAAAAACAUAUGAUACAGACGGGUGAGCCGGGAGCCAUACCAUUGGUGCCGAUAGAAGCUGUGGGUGGUAAUUCACAGUCCUCUGGCGACACCGUGCGAACGGGCAGUGGAUUUUGGUUCACGCAAAAAAACAAAAACACGCUUGUGGACCGUUUGUUUAAUUUAUUUGUCGAAACAAAACCCAAGUCCCCUCCGCUAACAAAUUAUAUCAAUGGCGAGAAAGCAGAACAAAAGUUCUCGAGCGACUCGGACUUCCAUUUCAGCGAGAAGUAUCUAAUGGGGCUGUUGGACAUCAAGGAAACAACACUGCUAGAUCUCAAAACGCAACAUCAGCACUUUGUCGAUAAAAUACGCGAUUUACAAAUGAGCAUUUUCGGCGACCCACGCAAGCAAAUCCACGGAGAUGGAAUUGUUAUGGUUGGAGGAGAACGAUUUUCUUGGCUGGCGUUGCUGAACAUAAACCAAUUGAGAUCCACAGGGUGCCAAUUGCCCGUUGAGGUGUUCAUCGCAUCGGAGCAGGAGUAUGAGCGAGACUUCUGCGACAGACUGCUUCCUGCCCUUAAUGCGAAAUGUGUUCUUGGCUUUGAAGAGCUCCCCAUGCAGAAGUACAGGAAAAAGCUACGAAUUGACGGGUAUCAGUACAAGAUUCUGGCAAUAUUUGCUUCCAGUUUCAAAAGAGUUCUUCUGCUGGACGCAGAUAACGUGGUAAUACACAGUCCGCAUACCCUGUUUGACUGGCCCGUGUUUGAGGAAUACGGUUUGAUAUUAUGGCCCGACUGCUGGUCCAGAACCACGCAUCCAUAUUUCUACAGAAUAGCUGACAUACCGGUCGGUGACCGUCCUGUGCGCGGCCAAUUUAUGGAUAGAGAGUCUCCAGACGAGUGGAAUUACCACGACCUGCCUGGAACCCUGCCCAACCCGUCCAGCGAGUCUGGCAUGUUGCUGGUGAACAAGGAGAAGCAAGUCGACACUCUACUGUUGUCAUUAUACUACAACAUGUUUGGGCCCUCGCACUACUACCCGAUUCUGACCCAGGGAGGAGCAGGAGAGGGCGAUAAAGAUACAUUCAUUGCUGCAGCGUACGCACUUCGAAAGCCAGUUUAUCAGGUCAAGCAGAGCAUGAAGUUUUUAGGGUAUCACGACACCUACGGCUACCAUGCAAAGGCUCUAGGACAAUGGGAUCCAACGACUCACACAGAGGAAAAAAUGCCGCCGUAUCUGUCUAAUUUCUAUGACUUCCAAGACGGCGACGAUGCCAGACUGAUGUUCAUGCACCUGUCGUAUCCGAAAUUAUAUCCGGACAAACUGAGGGACGAGAUUUCGUGGGAGCAGAACGGAGAGCUGAGACACCGCAAACUGUAUCAUGGAAAACUACCAAAUUUGGAGUAUGGCUUUGAUCUGCGGAUGUGGGAGCUUAUAACACAGCUGAUUUGUCCACAAUGGACGCCGAACGAAAAUGAAGAUGCCGCCUCUGUGGAGAUCCAAGACAAGUUGACGGGACUUGACUUGCAGUAUAUCAAAAAUGCCAACGCGAACUCCGAGUGCGAAAGCUUAUUCUUGCCUCAUCUCGAGUACUUACGGACGCACACCUCGAUAGAAGAGGAGUUCUAUAACUAUGAAUAA